ACAUCCCUUGCAUUUGUUUGUCCCUCUGGUCUCGCCGCGUAUUACUUUCGUUUGUUCUCCCUCCUCCCGUUUUCUCCAAAAUGUCUUCUGACCCUAUUUAUACCCCUUUCUUUAGUGUAAUGGGAGCUACUUCAUCUAUGGUGUUUUGUGCCUUGGGGGCAGCAUAUGGCACUGCAAAAUCUGGCUCUGGCAUCUGUUCUAUGGGUGUGAUGCGGCCGGAAUUGAUAAUGAAGUCGAUCGUCCCUGUAGUCAUGGCCGGUAUAGUUGCUAUCUAUGGCCUGGUCGUUGCUGUGCUUAUUGCCCAGAGUGGGCAAUCUAAAAUAAUGGAAAAGUCUCUCAAGCAACUCGGCGCAGGUUUGAGUGUGGGCUUAAGUGGUUUGGCUGCAGGAUUUGCUAUUGGGAUCGUCGGAGAUGCUGGUGUUCGAGGAACAGCUCAACAGCCGAGGCUAUUUGUUGGAAUGAUACUAAUUCUCAUCUUUGCAGAGGUCCUUGGGUUGUACGGACUCAUUGUUGCACUUAUUCUCUCAACAGGCUAA